AUGCGAAGCCUCGAGCAUGCCAGGGAAAGCUGGCUAGAGCUUGAGCAGUACCAGACGCUGCGAGAGCUCAAGGAUGGCGUUCGACUUGAACCACACCUCAAACUGGAGAGUUUGAACGGCUUUCGAUCCGCGGCGUGGAAGGCCUUCUUGCUGGUUGAUAACGUUGAUGCAGCUGAAUGGCAGCGGACGCUGGCUUCCUCGCGCUCGGCCUUCAACUCCCUCCGAACUCACUUUUUCCGCUACCUCGAUCAUCCGGAAGAUGUGGGAGCGGGAGCGGGCUUUGAUCCUCUUAGCCAGGAUUCCGAGUCUUCGCCAUGGGCCGCUCUUCAAAAGGAUGAAGAGUUGAGGGCUGAAAUCACCCAAGAUGUCGAGAGAUGCAUGCCUGAGAAUCCCUAUUUCCGCCAACCAGAGACUCAACGAAUGCUGCUAGAUAUCCUCUUCAUCUUCUGCAAACUGAAUGCCGAUGUGGGAUACCGCCAGGGUAUGCACGAGAUCGCAGCGCCAAUCUUAUGGGUUGUCGAGAAUGAUGCCAUUCAGAUUGGAGGGAGCAGCAGAACCAUGGGCCAGGACGCACUGAUCAAGACCAUAUUCGAUGCAGAGUAUGUGGAGCACGACGCAUUUGCCAUCUUUGGACAGGUGAUGCAGUCCGCCAAAACCUUUUAUCUUUCAGAAGGCCCGAUAUCGAUUGCGUCCAGAAGUCAUCACAUCUUUGCCGAGCUCUUACCUCAAGUGGAUCCCGAGCUCAAGACGCAUCUCGAAGGCCUCGACAUUGUCCCACAAGUGUUCCUGAUCCGGUGGAUUCGACUCUUGUUCGGCCGCGAGUUCGACUUCCAAAGUGUCCUCACCCUUUGGGACGUGAUAUUUGCAGAAGACCCAUCUUUGGAGAUUGUGGACCACAUCUGCCUCGCUAUGCUUCUACGAAUCCGAUGGCAUCUGCUCGACUCGGACUACAAUAACGCCCUAGGCUAUCUCCUACGCUAUCCUGAGCAAGACAAAGACUUUCCCGCACAAAGUCUCGGACUUGACGCAUUGUAUUUGAAGACUCAUAUGAAUACCGAAGGCRGCAGCUAUCUGGUGUUGAAAUAUACUGGCCGGCCCUUGCUGCGAGCAAACCGUCCAGCGACCCCACCGGCACUGCAACGUAACAUUACCACAUUCUCUGGUAUCAAUGCCAUACGAAGCCGCACUGGGCUAUCUCCGUCACGAUCAGGCCGCCAGUCUCGUAACCUCGAGACAGUAUUGCAAAGCACCGCCAAGAACAUUUUCGCUCAGGGGGAGAAACUUGGCAUUGGCAAGGCCGUUCGCAAUGCUGUUGAAGAAGUUCAAAAGAAGGCUCAAGAGAUCCGCGAGAAUCAAACGCCGCCUCCGUCGAUUCGUCACCGACCUGUGGAUGAUCGUCUGGCUGAGAGGGUCAAAGAACUCGAGGAUCGUAACAAGAAGUUGGCUGAGCUGCUUUCUGGUGCCGUCAACGAACUCUGGGACUAUCAAAAGUUGGCCACCGAAGAUGACAAGGCUACUGGUCACGUCCGGCAGGAACAAAGCGUGGAGAAGCUUAGCACGGCUGUUGCCAAGGUACAAUUUGUACAAGUCUACCUGAGCGAACCAGGUCUUAAUCUGCCCGAGGAAGAGCGGACUUCCCAAAGCGCCAGUCAAGACAGUCUUCCCCGGAUCGCCGAAUCUAAUACAGACGACAAGGAGACUGCCAUUGUAAAAGAUGCUCCUGAGCACAGUCAAACUCUCGCGGACCCUUCCUCUUUCGAGGACUUUGGUGCUGAAACCCCAAGCACCCCUGUUACUACGAGUGCAAUUCAGAACACGACAGCGAUACAGGAGAAUCAGACAGAGCCGGCCAAACCGCUGCCUUCGACUCCCUCCCGUCCUCCGCUGGAACAGAGUGCCUUUUCCUUUAUGCUUGGCCAGGAURUCAAGUCUGCUCCUUCACCGCCUGCGAGAUCCAACAUGGAUGCUUCCUUGUUUGGCAGCGGUGGACAGAAGGUAUCAUCGAGGAUGCCGGGGUCGAAGAAUGCGACGGAGCAAGCAUCGGAUGAGUUUGAUUUGGGAAGUUUGAGACGGGGCAAGGCAAUGGGGAAAUGA